AUGCAGUUUGCUUGGCCCUGCCAAGCGAUGCUGCCUGCUUUUCUCGAGUUGCUGAUCUUGGCCGCGCUGGCAUGUUUUGAACAUUUUCUGAAUCUCAAGCCCAGCACGAUGGCUGAUCGCGAAGCCCAGCUCAAGGAGCUCUCCAAGGGCCGCUCUAAGGCCCCUGCAGCCGACCCCGAGGAAAUCAAGCGCCGCAACCUCGAGGCCCUGCAGAAGCGCAAGGCCAUGCUGUCCCAGAUGAAGCAGGAGGAGGCGACCCGCCCCCUGCCCGACGGCUGGCGCCGUGUCGAGUCUCGCUCCCGCCCUGGCGAGUUUGUGUACGAAAACAUUCACACUGAGGAGCGUAUCGCCUGGUUCCCCACCGAGGCCGCCAAGGAAGAAGCCCAAGCUGCCCUGGUGCCGCAGAAUGCUGCUGCUGACAAGAAGGCUGAGCUGAAGAAGAAGAACCUCGAGGCUCUGCAGAAGCGCAAGGCCAAGCAGGCCGAGCAAAAGCAGGCUGAGGCCAACCUCGAGCUGCCGGAGGGCUGGAAGCGCUCGGAGAGCCGCUCUCGCCCUGGAGAAGUUGUCUACGAGAACACAUUCACCGGCGAGCGUCAGGCAUGGUUCCCCGAUGCCCCCGCCGUUGACCCCAGCAUGUCAGAGGAGGACAAGAAGAAGGCGGCCCUCAAGGAGAAGAACCGCCAGGCGCUUGAAGCCCGCAAGGCCAAGCUGGCGGCCAAGAAGGCUGAUGAAGCCACUCGUCCCCUGCCCAAGGGCUGGCGCCGCGUUGAGUCGCGCUCGCGCCCCGGCGAGUUUGUGUAUGAAAACGAGUACACGGACGAGCGCAUUGCCUGGUUCCCCGAGGAGCCUGCCGAGCCCCCGCUCCCCGAGGGCUGGCGCAAGGUCGAAUCUCGCACCUACCCCGGCGAGUUUGUCUACGAAAACAUGUACACACUCGACCGCCAGGCAUGGUUCCCCGAGGGCCCCGCGCCCAAGGAGCCGGUCGAGGAGGCCCCCGAAAAGCGUACCGAGGCUCAGCUCAGCCAGCUCAAGCAAGCGGCGCCUGCCGUGGACGUCAUUUGCAAGGCGCGUGCCCUGUACGAGUACACGGCCGAGAACCGUGACGAGGAGAUUGACCUGCUGGAGGGCGAUGUCAUUGCGGUCGAGUACAAGGCUGACAACGGCUGGUGGGUCGGUAUCAACACCCGCACCCAGCGCAACGGUAUCUUCCCCGGUACCUACGUGGAGGAGCUCCCCAACUAAGGCUUUGGUCAUUGACCAUUGGUGUCGAGGGGUUUUGAGAAGCGGUCCAACUGGCAUUCAUGAUGUCUCUUGCCAUGCAUCGUGCUGGCCACCUGCUUCUUUUUUCCUUUGCUUCUCGCCAAGCUGCGUUGGUGGUUGCAUUUUUGCCUUUCCUGUGUUUUCUUUUUUCUUGUUUUGCCCUUUCUCGUUAACGAGCCAGCAGCGCCGGCUCACAUGUCCCUUUCCGGUCUUGCUUUUCUCUGUUGUUUUCUUGUCAUGUGUGUGCCGCUUGUCGGAUUGCAACAACUCAUUCCUUUUAUCCUUUUUUUUUCCUCCCUGAAAUGGUUGUUUUCCACGACCAUGAUUGUGCUUUCGGCUUGGAGUGAGCCACAACAAUGUGUGCACAAACCCCGGGCUGGUUGUUGGUUGGGUUGAAAACUGCUUGAAUUGAACAGAAACU